AGAGAAUCUGUGCGAAAAUAAAUGCAUGUAGAUCGAGCGGCUAAAAAAAAGCCGAAGCGAAAGCUUAGCUGAACAGCAAAAUUGCGUCAUGUCGCCUGCAUUGUCCUCUUCGCCAUCCGACAUCAAUGGCAGUAGGACCACCCAGCUUGUCCAAGCGGAUCGGCAUCCGUGCUUUUUGCGCUAUUGAAAUUUUGAGCCAAGCCCAAUUCAAAACAGUACGUUGAGUUCGUCAUGCCUAUUGGAGGUGAGCUGUCCUCUCGUUUGCGAAACCAGAAGCAGUUUUCCACUUAUUUUUGCACACUUUUUCUCCUGGCCCGCAUCGCCUCAGCUCAUUCUGCUGCGAUGUAUGAGACACAGUACGUAGAUGUCAUGCUGGUUUGACUCCAGAGUUUUUUCCAUACUUCGCGCUCGCGGUGGCUGUGAUGCUGCAGGCAGAGUUGGUGCUGGAAACGAAGUUGCUGCCACCGCAUUUUGCUGACAAAAUCGGAUCAUCCGCUAGUACUAGCACGGGGGAAGGUAGCAGCGGAAGCGAGAUCUUGGGUGUCCUCACACGAAAUAAUCCGCAAGGUGCUCAUCACGCUUCCCCGGCCCCGCCCGGUGAAGUAGAUCAUAAGGGUUCUGCAAUGGUGAAGGACGGACGUUCUUCAACGCUUCCCCUACAGGAGUCGACGCAGAAGCAAGAAACAAGUCAGGAAGAUGCAGAGGAGAAUGUGUCGUUUUCUCUCUUGCAAAAGUGGUUUCCGCAAGCCGUCGCGCCGUGGAAAACGUGUAUUCGGUCGGAACGUCUGCGGAACCACGGGGGAAUCACGAUCGAGGCGAUUCCGAAACUCAGCCUGGCGCUCCGCGCUGUGGACUGGGAACGGGAGCUUUUGUUCGGGGGCGAAGAGGGGCAGAAUCAAGUUCGAAAUGUUCACGAUGAUCGUGUUGGAGGUCGGCACUUGACGAGCGUCGAUGCAAUGGGCGGACUAAAGGCCUCCGGAGGUGGUGGUGGUUCUAUGGUUGGAUUAGGAGAAACUACUACACGACCACGAGCAGAAAAAGAAGUGGCUUCGCAAGACGAUGGGACAGGAGACGAAAAAGUACAUGAAGC